GAAAAUUAUAACUAUAACACCCAUCACCAUGAUUUUUGGGUCUGAGUCCAACAUACUUUUUUUUUUUUGCUUUUGCACUUUUCUUGUCAGGGAAGCAAAGACAGAAACUCAAAACCGGCAUUCUUGUAUGGUGUUGCUGGUAAUACUUGUUGUCGCUGGAAUACUCUUUAAUGUGUGCUGUGCGGAAGACCUAAAUUCGGGCAAGGAUAUAUGUAGACUUUUCAAAGAUGGCGUUUUGUUGCGAAAGCCAGGCUAUUGCGACGCCGGCAUCGAGUGCAAGGGCUUUAAAAGCACUACAGUGCUGCAGUGCUCAGGUAGUACCCCAUAUUACGAUCGAGCUACUAAAAAAUGUGCAAAAAGUACUAGCGAUAGCUAUUGCAGUGAUCCAUGUACGACCAAGACAAGUGGUUAUGUUGCAGAUCCGAAAAAUUGUCAGGGAUGGUAUAAUUGCAAUGGUAAAACCAUGCUAAAAUCUGGUCUCUGUACGGCUAAUUUAGUUUUCAAUUCUACAAAUAAAAUGUGUGAUUACCCGGAAAAUUCAUCCUGCACAGCUACUUUUGACCUUUGUGAUGUGGUGCCGAAUUCAACGCCUUUCCUGCACGAAACCCAGUGUGACUCGUACUAUGAGUGUGUUGUACAGAAAUCAAAAACAGUACUUACGAUUAAGGAAUGUGAUACUGGUAAAUAUUUUGAUGUUAACACCGGUACUUGUCUGCCUAAGAGCCAAGUUAUCUGCGCUAAAUAUCCAUAUCCCAAAGAGGUGUGCGGCAAUACAAAGCUUGCUAUUAGAAAUCGCUUUGUUAGUGAUGACGCUUCCUGUCGUGGUUACUUUUAUUGCAAAGACCUUGGAGUGGGUAAACCAGAUACAGCACCAGUUUGGGGACAAUGUCCUGAGUCGAAAUUUUUCGAUUCGACAGAAGAGGCAUGUCUGCCACGUGCGCAUGUAAAAUGCACUGAAGAUCGCUGUGAUGGUCGAAAGGAAGGUUAUGAGUUGAGUUCGACAUCGGGCUGCAAAAAUUAUCUGCUUUGUAAAGACAAUCGUACUGUUGAGGAAUACGAUUGCGAUUCUGGUACGUGGUUCAAUGCUUUGGAAGGAAAAUGCACCACAGAUUAUAUAUCGUAUCCGGCUUGUGCUUAAUUCGCAUUUUAUAGUAUAGAGAGAGUUUACAAUAGAAUUCUGCAUUUAAUGUAUAAAGCGUUGUAAUUACAACAGUGUUGUAAAUUAAUAAAAUUAAAUAAAGCUGAAUUUAUCACGAAAUUUAGAAUCGUA